AUGAAUAGACAUGAGCUUUUUAAAGGAUGUGAGGGUAAUUAUAAUGAACUAUACUUCAUGGAUUUUAUAGAACAUGGACUUAAAAGCAAUAAUGAUUUUCUAAAAGAUACAAGUAGAAUAGUUGAUAAAAUAUUAAUUUCUAGAAACCAAUUAAAUAGAGAACGUUUUAACCUGUUUUAUGAUUUUAAUUAUCCUAGUUACGAAACAUGCAAAGAAAUACUAAAGGAUGAAUUAUAUGGAUAUAAUACUAUUAGUUUUUUGAUGGUACUUUUUGAUUGGUACGAAUUAUAUGAUGAAAAUAAACUUCUAAGUAAGUCAGCUUUAACAUUGGCAGUCUAUUUAAAAAGACAUAAAUACAUAAAGAAAAAGUUAGAAUUAGUCAAUGAAUCUUAUUUUUUAGAACCAUUAUAUAUAGAGGAACGUAUAAGUACUAAUCUAUUCUUUGAAACAUUGGAUAUGGGAAAUAUAGAUGUAAUUGAUAUUGAUCAUGAAGAGCAUUAUGAAGAUUUUGAACUUCAUGAGAAAAGAAAUGAAUACGAUUUCAAUUCUUAUGAUCAUAUAGAUAAAAUACCGAUUUUUAAAUUUGAAUACACUAAAUACGAAAUAGUUAAUGAUUUUGAUAUAGCAUAUAGAUCAUAUAAAAAUGGAGAUAGAAGUAAUGAGGUAUUAUCUAAAUUGUUUUCUGUGGAUCCAUACAAGUACGAUGAAUACAUAGGUGAAUCAGAAUUCUUUUUAGUAUUUGCUAGACAUGAUAUAUAUUAUGAUUAUGCUGAAUCUAAAAAAUAUUUUAAAAACAAAUACAAUAUAUACUAUAUAAAUAUUUUAUUUCCAAACAGUACACAAUCUACUUUUGAAUAUAAAAUAGAUAUUCCCGAAUAUAAUUUAUAUGUUGCUGCUGUGAAAAUGAACAAUAAAAGACUUAUAAAAAGAUUGUUAAAGUUGUAUGAAGAACAUGGAAAGUUCUACAAGAAGAUGGAUCUAGAGAAGCAAGUAUUCAUUGAUGAAGAAAUUUAUGAAAUACCAGAGGUCAAACCAUUAAAUUUGAUUACCGGUGAUAUUUUGAAUCCAUAUCAUGAAUUAAAGAAGUCUUCUAAUAUUCAGGUUUAA